CGCCUCGACUCUUGCCAGUAGCCCACUACCACAUCAUUCGGACACAUCUUUGGCAUAAAAUUACAAACAUAUUUCAAGGUGUUUCGAUAAAGAGCUGAUCAGUCCUGAGAAGAUUGGGUAAAGUGCAAGUCAAAAUUUGCUAACAGUCUUAAAAGAUGAUUAAAAUUUCUACCUUGACCGUGUUGCUGUUGCAUCUACUUUAUAUCAGAGUACAAGGUAUAAUUGUAUAUCAACCAGUUAAAAUGAGUUGUUCGAAAUAUGUCAAACCUGGAACAACUAACUUGUCAAGACAGAUCGAAAUCCCACCUCCUCCAGUAAAUGAUGAAUACUACUUAAAAGUAGCUUUGAAUACUGACAAUGAAGUAAUGAAGCAGAAUUCGAUUGGAUUUGGAGACUAUCGAUUGGCAUUGGCACAAACGAUAUAUGACACUGUUCGAGCUGUUCGUCAGAGUAAACCUUUGUUGUAUGAUAUUAAUUAUCCCUCGCAUAAACCAGUUCCGACUGUGUCUGCAAUAUGGUUUAACAAUCAACAAAUCUGUCCAGGCUUAGAAUCAAAUGGAAAUAUCUGUGCUACUAUCGAGUUGGGGCAUAUUGUGUAUCCGCCAAACAAUGAUCCAAAUUCUUGGACAUGGCAUCGAAAUUCGAGCACUUAUUAUAUACAUAAUCCGAGUGAAGAUCGCCUAAACUAUUUGAGUCAAUCUAGACGCACUACCGCAAUUCCUCCAGUUCAAUUCGCCAACAAUGAAUGCGGUAUCACCAAUUAUUACACGGACAGUACAAAUCGUCUGUUUCCCAAUGGUCAGGAAACAUUUCCGGGCCAAUGGCCGUGGGUGGUUGGACUCUUUGUUAAAAAAGAACAAUAUAAAUUUCAAUGUACUGGUUCCGUUCUAACUACCAGACACGUUAUAACAGCGGGGCAUUGUUUGAAGAAAAACUUUAGUAGUAAUGACACCAUACAUCCCAAUGAUUUGCUUGUGGCCUUGGGACGAUUUAAUUUUCGACACUUUCGUGAGGAGGGAUCUGUCAAUCGGGAAGUUGCAAAUUACACAAUCCAUCCAGAUUAUGCGCAUUAUCUCAGCGGCGAUUCUGAUCUAACAAUUUUGAUCCUGACGAUGCCCGUUGAGUUUAGUCCUUUCAUUAAACCUAUAUGCCUGUGGUUUGGUUCGACUAAUCUUCAAAACAUCAUCAAUAAAAGAGGAUAUGUUGUGGGAUGGGGCAAAGAUUUAACGAACCGUUUUCCUGAUUAUCCACGUAUGGCGAGGGUGCCGAUAGUGAGUCAGGAGAUAUGUCUUCGGAGUAACCAGAUUUUCUUCAGCUUCACAUCAGAUCGCACUCUUUGUGCCGGUAAAGACGAGAGCGGUCCUGGCAGUGGUGAAAGCGGGAGCGGGUUAGUCAUUUUCGAUGAUACCACGGGCCGUUAUCGUUUACGUGGAAUCGUUUCCCGAAAUUUAUCUAAACUCAAAGAUUACGUCGUUUAUGUUGACAUAGCCAAAUAUAUAUCUUGGAUUCAACAACAGAUUUCUACCACGUAAUCUCUAUGUCAAUCUCUUCAUACAAAAUGUGCUAGCAAUGAAGCUUUUAUGUGUAAAGUUUAUACAAAACUGCGCUAGAUUAAUACAAUUUUACUUUUAAUUUUAUCUUUAAUUGUUUAUACUGAUUCUUUUUGUCGUAAUAAAUUUGUAUUGAUAUAAAAACAAGAUAAAUAAGUAAAAUACAAUUAUACUAGUUAUUAAUUGUUACAGUCAAUUUUUUAAUAAUUAAAAAUAAAUUGUAUUACAACACACGCAUGUUAUAGUAUAUGUAAUAGGCCGAUACUUAUGUAAUGCUUCUACAAAACGUAAAUAAUAAUUGACGACGUCGUUUAUUUUGACGUAAUCCUUGUAAACGAUCAAAUACAUAUUCUGGAGUCAACAACAUAUCUCCAUCAUGUAAAACUGAUCUUGCGCUGUAGAUUACAAAAUAUGUUAACUUUUAUGUAAGAUUUAUCCAUGGCGGCGACAUUUUAUGGUAAUGAAAAACAAUACUGGCUUGAAAGACAAUACAAGUGCCAGAAACGCAUAAAA